AUGAAGUUGGGAUUCGAAAUUCAACGAUUGCUCAACACCGCGGCGGUCGACGGCGGCGCGUACGGUCACCUCAUCCAGCACUUCACCCGUGACCGACUUCCUCUCCACGCGCUUCAGCUUCACGCGCGCAUUGUUGUCUUCUCCGUCAAACCUGACAACUUCCUCGCUUCGAAGCUCAUCAAUUUUUACACUCGGGAGAACCGCUUCCGCCAAGCACUCCAUGUGUUCGACGAAAUUACCGUUAGAAAUGCCUUCUCUUACAAUGCACUUCUUAUCGCUUACACUUCCCGUGAGAUGUAUUUCGAUGCUUUCUCGUUGUUUUCGUCAUGGAUUGGGUCCUCUUGUUACUCUUCCGAUACCGCCAGACCGGAUUCUAUUAGCAUCUCUUGUGUGUUGAAGGCCUUGUCGGGUUAUGAUGAUUACUGGUUGUGUUCACUGGCUCGACAAGUUCACGGGUUUGUUAUACGAGGUGGGUUUGAUUCCGAUGUCUUUGUGGGCAAUGGGUUGAUCACGUACUAUACAAAGUGUGAGGACAUUGCGUCUGCGAGGAAAGGGUUCGAUGAAAUGUCUGACAGAGACAUCGUCUCGUGGAACUCUAUGAUUUCCGGGUAUUCUCAAAGUGGGUCUUACGAGGACUGUAAAGAGUUGUAUAGAUCGAUGUUAAGUUGCUCUGGUUUAAAACCUAACGGAGUCACUGUAAUAAGCGUAUUGCAGGCGUGUGGACAAUCAAGCGAUCUUGUUUUCGGGAUGGAAGUUCACAAGAAGAUGCUUGAGAAUCAUAUUCAGAUGGAUUUAUCCCUGUGUAAUGCUGUGAUUGCUUUUUAUGCUAAAUGUGGUAGCUUGGAUUAUGCAAGAGCAUUGUUUGAUGAAAUGAGUGAGAAAGAUUCUGUCACAUACGGGGCUAUAAUUUCAGGAUAUAUGGCUCAUGGUCUUGUCAAUGAAGCAAUGGCUUUAUUUAGUGAAAUGGAAAGCAUUGGUCUCAGUACGUGGAAUGCGGUGAUUUCGGGUCUUAUGCAGAAUAACCAUCACGAGGAGGUUAUAAACGCAUUUAGGGAGAUGAUACAAUGUGGCUCUAGGCCAAAUACAGUGACGCUUUCGAGCCUUCUUCCUUCGUUGACAUAUUGUUCAAAUCUGAAAGGGGGUAAGGAAAUCCACGCGUUUGCCAUCCGUAAUGGUUCUGACAACAAUAUAUAUGUCGCUACCUCCAUCAUAGAUAACUAUGCUAAAUUAGGAUUUCUCCGAGGUGCUCAACGGGUUUUUGAUAACUGUAAAGAGAGGAGCUUGAUCGUUUGGACCGCAAUAAUAACAGCAUAUGCUGUUCAUGGGGACUCUUGUUCUGCUUGUAGUCUUUUUGACCAAAUGCAGUGUGUCGGAACUAAGCCGGACAAUGUCACGCUAACAGCUGUUCUUUCAGCUUGUGCGCACUCCGGAGAAUCAGACAAGGCGCAGCACAUAUUUGAUUCUAUGGUAACAAAGUAUGACAUUGAGCCUGGAGUUGAGCACUAUGCUUGUAUGGUAAGUGUUCUUAGCCGAGCUGGAAAACUUUCGGAUGCAAUGGAGUUCAUUUUAAAGAUGCCAAUGGAACCGAUUGCUAAAGUUUGGGGUGCAUUAUUGAAUGGGGCUUCUGUUCUUGGUGAUGUCGAGAUUGCGAGGUUUGCUUGUGAUCGCUUGUUUGAGAUGGAACCCGAAAAUACAGGGAAUUACACUAUCAUGGCGAAUUUAUACACACGAGCGGGGAGAUGGGAAGAAGCUGAAAUCGUAAGGGAUAAGAUGAAGAGAAUGGGAUUGAAGAAAAUCGCUGGCACCAGUUGGAUCGCAACUGGUGAAGGAUUACGUAGUUUCAUUGCGAAAGACAGUUCGUGCGAGAGAAGCAAAGAGAUGUAUGAUGUAAUAGAGGAUUUGGUCGAGUCAAUGAGUGACAAAGAGUAUAUCAUGAAACAAGAACUUGAUGAAGCUUACUGA